AUGUCAUACACUAGUUAUACGGACUUGAAGUCUGUUGAAGAGUCUACAAUUGUUAGAUGCCCCUUCAAGAAUUGCCAUGCAAGGAUUAUUCAGGUUGGGACUCUUCCUAAAGUCAAUGUGGAAAACUCUCCUGAUAUGACUAAAUUAUCUGAAGAUGAUAACAUGAAACAAACUGAAACAUAUUUUUAUCAAAUUGAUGAUGUAUGGGAAUUUGAUAACAUAGGGGUCUCUAGGCCUGCCGCAGAAUUGAAAGAACCAAUAAUAACUUCAGACACAAAUGAGAAAGUAGAUAUAGCUGUAGAGAGGUUGCUCAUCUGUAGUGAAUGUGAUAAAGGACCCAUUGGAUUCGCAGGGAUUCCCAAGGGCUCAGAGAAUCACCACCAAAAUUUAAAAUACUUCCUCAGUUGCGCAAGUGUGUUGUACGAAGUAAAGUAG